AUGGCUAAUCAUUUGUUUAUUAAUGAAGAAAAUAUUAAACUCGAAAACCAACUAAAUACUGAAUUCAUUAUUAAAGAUGAAAUACUAGAAAGUGAACAUGUACGAAUUGAAAAUGAAGUGCAUGAACAAAAACACAGUAAUAGUAUGCAAAUGAAACUUAAAGAAGUUAAAACUGAAAUGCUAAAUAGCAGCAUCAGUUUGAAACAUGAACGAAUACGUAUUAACGAAGAUCAUUCGUCUACGACCUGUUAUGGAAAUACGAAACUUGAAGAAGAAUUAAUCAUUAAAAGUGAAAUACUAGAUGAAAGUAUUACAGGCGGAUAUCAAUCAUUAGAAUACACUGUUAGAAAUGAAAAAGAUCAAAAGCAUUUAUCUACACCAAACUAUGACAAUAUUAAACUAGAAAAGGAAUUAAAUACAGAAUUAAUCAUUAAAGACGAAAAAUUAUAUGAAAGUCCAUUUGCAUGUAAUACUUGUGAUAAAAAAUUCAGCAGGAAAAAUCACUUAAAUUAUCAUAAACUUAUUCACACUGGGGAAAAAUCAUUUUCUUGUGAUGUUUGUGAGAAAAAAUUUGCUAGACAUUGUAGUUUAGUUCAACAUGGACGGAUUCAUAGUGGAGAGAAACCAUACACGUGUGAUAUUUGUAAGAAAACAUAUACACGGAAAAAACACUUAGUUCAACACAGUAAAUCGAUUCACGAUGGUGAAAAACUUUAUUCCUGUGACGUUUGCCAUACAAAAUUUGCUUGGCGAUCCAGUCUAGCUAAGCAUAAACGGAUUCACAAAGGAAUUAAAAGUUUUUCAUGUGAUAUAUGCGAUAAAACAUUUUUAGAAAAACAAUAUUUAGAAUGUCAUAAAAGAAGUCACACUGGAGAAAAACCUUUUUCCUGCGAUGAUUGUGAAAAAUCAUUUUUUGAUUCAAACGGUUUAAAGAGACAUAAACGAAUUCAUACUGGGGAAAAGCCAUAUUCGUGUGAUAUUUGUGUUAAAAAAUUUAAUAGAUCAGAUUGCUUGACUCUACAUAAAAAGACUCACACUGAACCAAAAUCAUUUUCCUGUGAUUUUUGUGACAAAAAAUUUCUUAAUCGAGGCUGUUUAACCAAUCAUAAACGGAAACAUACUUAAAAUCUAUUUGUGAAAUUAUUUUCAGUGCCUUUUUUUGAUUAAGUCUUGUAUAUUUUUUUAAGGCGUCCUGCUAAAACUU